CGCCCACCAUUUCCAUAGCCCCGAUUCCGAUUCGAAAACAGUGCGUCAGCGAAGGGAGAGACGAUCAUGCCAUAUUUUAUUAUUUAUUAAAUGACGAAAACAGCCCGUACCAAAAGUAAUCGAGCUCUAAAAUUCCCUGCCAUUGAAUGCAAAAUCUAGACCCAAUCAAUAACACUCUGCAAGUGGAAGUAGAAACAUCUCCGCUUCCAAUUUCCCCAUUUCGGUAUUUGGCAUUUGGCAUUUGCUUUUCCCAGAAUUCCGAAGCCAGGGAAUCCAUGGAUCCAAACAGGGUAGAAGCCGAGCGGUUGCUCGGAAUCGCCGAGAAGCUUCUACACAGCCGGGAUCUCAGCAGCUGCCGCGACUUCGCAAUUCUAGCUCAGGAGACCGAGCCGUUGCUGGAGGGCUCAGAUCAGAUCUUGGCCGUCGCCGAUGUGCUCUUAGCCGCCGACAAACGCGUCAACAACCACCCCGACUGGUACGCCGUUCUCCUGUCCGAUCGCCGAUCCGACGACCUCGAUCACAUCAAGAAAUCUUACCGACGGCUAGCGUUACUCCUCCACCCGGACAAGAACAAGUACGCCUACGCCGAGCACGCGUUCAAGCUCGUAGCCGAUGCAUGGGCGGUUCUGUCCGAUCCGGCCAAGAAGCAGAUUUACGACAACGAGCUGGGGCCGUUCAGCCGGAUCGAUCUCGGCUCUUCGAUUUCGAACAAAUUGCCGGUGCGGCGGGACAGCCGGGCCCGAACCGACGCCGGGGUGGGAAACGACGGCCAGCAGCAGCCGAGGUCGAGAUUGUCGACUUUCUGGACGACUUGCCCGUACUGUUACGUGCUGUACGAGUACCCUAGGGUUUACGAGAGCUGCUGUUUGAGGUGUCAGAAUUGUAAGAGAGGGUUUGAGGCGGUUGUUGUGCCGAAUUUGCCGCCAAUGGUGCAGGGACAGGAGGCUUACUACUGCUGUUGGGGGUUUUUUCCGAUGGGAUUUGUUGGCGGGAGCGGGGCGAAGGGUAAGUCCACGGCCGCAGCCACUGCGGCCUUUCCCAAUUGGAUGCCACCUGUCUUUACAACCCCGCAGAGUAAAACUUCGGUGACUGCAGCGUCAGUGCCCCCGGCGGUGCCCGUGGUGCCGAAUUCAGGUGGAGUGGUGGAUGUUUCGGAUGGGACCCCGGGAUUGGGGACUAAUCGGAUUCCGAAGAAGAGAGGACGACCCAAGAAGUAUGCAUGAGCAGAAGAAGACUCGUUGUAAUGGAAUGCUUUAGGACUGGCAGAGAGAAAUUUUUAGGUUGGUUUUUUGAAGCUGCUGAGUUUCGAAAACUCGGAAGGUAACUCUUUACAGUCUUUACUUUUGCUGUUGUUGAUUUUUCUUUAGAAUGUAAUUGUUGGUUGUAGAUGUUCGGAUGUUCUCUUCUUAAGUUAUGAAACUGACUGCAUUUAUAGAUUUUGUAGUUGAUGUGUAAUCAGUAAUAUCCUUGUUCUGUAUUUUGCCCAAUGUCGUUUCAUUAAGCGUUGUCAACCUGUC